UCCAACAUAGAUACAUAUUCUUUUACCAAAACACAAUAUUUGUUGUAGAAUGAAUCAUACAAUAAAAAUGUUACACAAUUGGCUACUAUUACUUCUACUACUCGUCUUCUGUCAUUAUCAUUUACACGUUCAAGGAUCAGAUCAAAAUGAAAGAAAGCCAUAUAUUGUAUACAUGGGAGAACUACCAGUGGCUAGACCCUAUGCUGUGGAAAGCCACCACCACAACAUGCUAGAGACUGCGAUUGGAAACAAGCAAUUAGCCAGAGAGUCCAAAAUAUAUAGUUAUGGAAAGAGCUUCAACGGAUUCGCUGCACGACUUUUGCCACAUGAGGCAGAGAUGCUGCGAGAGGAAGACAGUGUGGUGUCUGUGUUUCCAAAUACACUCCGCAAAUUACACACAACAAGGUCGUGGGAUUUUCUAGGAAUGCCCCAAAACGUGAAGAGAAACUCGAACGUAGAAAGUCAUAUCAUUGUGGGCGUGUUGGAUACAGGUAUUUGGGUUGAUUGCCCCAGUUUCAACGAUAAGGGGUAUGGACCUCCCCCACGAAGAUGGAAGGGCAAAUGUGUAACGGGAGCAAACUUUACUGGCUGCAACAACAAGGUGAUUGGAGCAAAAUACUUCAAUCUGGAAGAUAGCAACCCAGCUUCGGACAACCUUAGUCCGGCGGACGACAUGGGUCACGGCACUCACACGGCGUCGACGGCGGCGGGCGCGGCGGUGAAGGACGCGAGUCUCUACGGCAUCGGCAAAGGCACGGCGAGGGGCGGGGUCCCAUCGGCGCGCAUUGCCAUGUACAAGGUAUGCUGGAGCGUGGGCUGCAGCGACAUGGACAUGCUCGCCGGAUUCGACGAGGCCAUCGCCGACGGCGUUAACUUCUUGUCGGUCUCCAUCGGUGGCCCCUCACGUGACUUCUUCUCCGACCCGAUUGCCAUCGGCUCAUUCCACGCCAUGACCAGAGGGAUUCUCACUUCUUGCUCCGCCGGCAACAGUGGCCCUCGCCCCAUGUCGGUCGAGAACUCCGCUCCCUGGAUUUUGACGGUGGCGGCUUCCGCCCUUGAUCGCCAGUUCACCACACUCGUUGCCUUUGGUGAUGGAAACAACAUAACUGGACUUUCUAUUAAUACCUUUUCCCCGGAGAAAAAGAUGUAUCCAUUGACUAGUGGACUCCUUGCGGCGAACAAUAGUGGAGACGGCUUUGGCAGUGCUAGUGGUUGUGACUAUGGGACUCUAAGGAAGGACAGAGUGAAGGGGAGGAUAGUGUACUGCGUUGGGGGUACUGGGAGUCAGGACUUGACCAUCAAAGAAUUAGGAGGAGCAGGGGCCAUCAUAGGUGUUGAAGACCCAAUAGACGCCUCCUACACCACCGUUAUUCCAGGGGCCUAUGUUGAAGCCGACACUGUCGGCAAAAUCAUCGAUCGCUACAUCAAUUCCACAAAAAAGAAUGCUAGAGCGGUUAUUCACAAGACAACAACUGCAGAAGUCCCUGCUCCAUAUCUUGCUUCUUUUUCAUCGAGAGGUCCUCAAGUCAUCACCCCAAAUAUCCUCAAGCCUGAUUUGGUUGCCCCUGGAGUGGACAUUCUAGCUGCUUAUUCCAAACUGGCAACACUGACAGGGUACCAUGAAGACAACCGUUACGACGUAUUUAACAUAAUAUCAGGAACAUCUAUGGCAUGCCCACAUGCUGCUGCAACCGCUGCCUAUGUCAAAUCCUUCCACCCUGAUUGGACUCCUGCUGCAAUUAAAUCUGCUAUCAUGACCACUGCCACUCCUCUCAAAAUCGGGGACAAUUUAACGGAACUGGGAUCUGGGUCAGGACAGCUUGACCCUGUGAAAGCAUUGCAUCCUGGCCUGGUUUACGACAUUAGAGUCAACUCCUAUAUUGCCUUCCUUUGCAAGUCAGGCUUCAACAGCACCAACAUUGGUAUACUAAUAGGCAGCAAAAAUUUCAGUUGCUCAAGCAUGAAGACACCGCCAGGCUCUGAUGGAAUCAACUACCCCAGCAUGCAUAUCCAGCUAUUCGAUUCCAGUUCUAGAAUUUCCGCAGUUUUUCAUCGGACUGUGACCAACGUAGGAUCUAGGAAUUCAACUUACAAGGCUAAAGUUACGGCUCCCAAGGGUCUCUCCGUGAAGGUCAUCCCAAAUACGUUGAAGUUUAGGCAGUUGCACCAAAAAUUGUCAUUUAAGGUUGUCAUGAAGGGACCUCCAAUGCCGAAGGAUACUCAUAUAUUAACUGCAUCACUUGAAUGGAAUGACUCUAAACACACAGUCAGAAGUCCAAUACUUAUCUUUAAGCCGUUGUAUUGAACCAAAGCCCGUAGUGGGCACAUUGCAUA